AUGCCAUCCAUUGGCCGAGAGUCUUGUACGUUAUCGAGCAUUCCAAACGACACGAGCAACUUAUGUUCAUCCCAGUCAAUACCUUCUGCAACACUCGGAGACCAACGGCAGCAGUAUGAUCAGCAAUUUGCAGAACCUUCGCCGCCGCCACUCUUGUCACCACAUCAGGCGCCAACUUCCAAUGGAGCAAUUGCACCUUCGAAUCCAAUGGCAAUCUCUGACCACCACCCACAAUAUAAUUCCGAGCAAGACUACUAUUCCUUGUUCCCUCCAUCUCCCCCACCGCCGAAAGAAGUUCCUCUGCGGUUCUUGAAUGCGUGCAAUGGAGACUACGCGGAAGCCCAACGGAGAUAUGAUGCUACCUUGGAAUGGAGACGCAAGGAAAAUAUGGAUACCAUUCUUCGAGAACCAUUUCCAAACUUUUUUACCAUUAAGAAACACUAUCCACAUUAUCAUCAUGGUACAGGCUUUCGAGGAGAGCCAGUCUACUACGAAUUUCCGGCCAAGGCUGAUAUGAAAGCACUCAAGCGAGCAGGACUAAGCGCAGAUCAAUUGUUUCGACACUACAAUAUGGUGACGGAAUUUCAAUGGCAAAUGCUCAAUCGAGAUGAUUCCAUGACAUCCAUCUUUAUUGUGGACUUUGAGGGGAUUACUUUGCGCGAUCUUGCAGGAGACGCUGUAGAUCUUGCCAAGAAGGCUUCCAAAAUUUCUGCCGCGCACUAUCCAGAACGGGCUGGUUUGGUAUUUAUCGUCAACGUUCCGAACUGGUUCAAGCUCAUAUGGAAGAUGAUUGUUCCUCUGGUUCCGGCGGAAACUCUGAGUAAGAUUUUCGUCUUGCGAGGAAGAGACGAAGUUCUUGCAUCACUAUCCAAAUACAUACCUAUGGAGAACAUUCCAGCCGAGUAUGGUGGAGCUAGUUCACUACCGCUUGGUCAGUCUUCCGAAGAGAAAUUGUUGGCCAAUUUGAUACAAUACAAUCUCCAUAUGGCGGCUACCCAUUCAGGCGGCUCGUGGAAUCAAAAAGGAGUGACUGAUCCGGUGCAGAUGGAGCAACUGUCACGUCAAUUCCGCAAUUGGGCACCUGCAAGAAGUUAUUGA